AUGGGCACCGUAGUGCGGUUGCGAUGGGCGACAACAUGGCUUCUUGUUCCUGUCGCGGCAGCGAUCCUGCUGUCCAUAUGUGUGAGCACGACGAGGCGCGCUCCGCAGCUGCCGCCCGUGGUGGUGGUGCCCGGGUACGCCACCAACGAGCUGGACGCGCGCCUCACGGAGCUGUACCGCCCGUCGUCACCGCGCUGCGGCGCGCGCAAGGGGGAAGGCUGGUUCCGCCUCUUCCUCAACUACACGGCGCUCGAGGACGCCGCCGACGUGCGCUGCUUCGCCGAGCAGAUGGCCGCGGUGUACGACGCGGCCUCUGACGACUACCGCAACGCCCCGGGCGUGGAGACCCGCGUCCCUUUCUUCGGAUCCACCCGGGGCUUCCGCUACCCCGAUCCAGACCGGAGGAACUUCUCCUACAUGGACAAGUUCGUGUCGCGGCUGGAGGAGCUCGGCUACCGCGACGGGGAGACCCUGUUCGGCGCGCCCUACGACUUCCGGGUCGGCGACGCCAUCUUCGGCCGACUCAAGAGGCUGGUGGAGAGGGCGAGCCGGAUCAACGGCGGCAGGCCGGUGACCGUCGUGGCGCACAGCUACGGCGGCACGCUGGCGCACCAGUUCCUGCUGCGGCAGCCGUUGCCGUGGCGCAGGCGCUUCGUCAGGCGGUUCGUGCCCGUGGCCGCGCCGUGGGGAGGCGUCGUCCUGGGCAUGCUGACGCUCGUCGCCGGCAACAGUCUCGGCCUGCCGUUCGUCGACCCGCUGGCGCUCAGGGGCGAGUACCGGAGCCUGCGGAGCAGCCUCUGGCCGCUGCCCAACACCAACGCCUGUGGAGUCGGGCAGACACUGGUGACCACACGGAGCAGGACGUACACGGCCCACGACGUGGCGGACUUCCUCGACGACAUCGGGAUGGGCGCGGCCAUCGGGCCGUACCAGUCCCGCGUGCUGCCGCUGUUCCGGGAGCUGCCAUCUCCGCGGGUGCCCGUGGCCUGCGUCGUCGGGGUUGGGGUGGACACGCCGGAGAUGCUGGCCUACCCGGGAGACGACUUCCACGUGACGCCGAAGAUGGUCAUGGGAGACGGCGAUGGGCUGGUCAACCUGGCGAACCUCCUCGCCGGCGAGGAGGCGUCCUGCAGCUUACUGGCGAGGAGGCGUCCUGCAGCUUAG